CGAUUUGUGUGGCAAAGAAAUGAGAUAAGCCCUUCUUCUCACUUCCACACAAAAAAACUUCUCUCCUCUCAAAACUUGCAUCUUUUCAACAUCGUCAUCUCAAUUCCGAAACCAUCCUCAAAGUUCCAAUCUUUUUCUUCCAUUCCACCACCACCAGCCAUGGCCGCCGCCGUGAUCAUGGCCUCCUCAAAACCUCUCAUCUCACUCUCUUCUGGGCUCCCAACCAAACCCAAACUCCAAAUCUCCCAGCUUGCUCACCUCACAAAACUGCCCAAAAUCAACAAAACCCAAUUGGCAUCUCUCUCAUCCUCAACUCUCAAAUCAAUCUCUCUCCUUGCAGCCACCUCAUUCACCUUUGCACCGCCAUCUUUAGCAGCGGAGAUAGAAAAAGCUGCACUGUUUGACUUCAACUUAACACUCCCAAUAAUGAUGGCACAGUUCUUGAUCCUCAUGGUAGCUCUUGACAAGAUUUACUUCUCUCCACUUGGUAAAUUCAUGGAUGAGAGAGAUGCUGCUAUUAAAGAAAAGCUAAGCAGUGUUAAAGACACUUCAUCUGAGGUGAAGCAGCUGGAAGAGCAAGCUGCAGCAGUUAUGAGGGCUGCUAGGGCGGAGAUAGCGGCGGCGCUUAGCAAGAUGAAGAAAGAGACUCAAACUGAGUUGGAGGAAAGACUUGCUGCUGAAAAGAAGAAAAUAGAAGCUGAAUUGCAAGAGGCAUUAGGGAACUUGGAGAAACAGAAGGAAGAAACUAUCAAGUCACUUGAUUCUCAGAUUGCUGCCCUUAGCGACGAGAUUGUCAAGAAGGUUCUUCCUGCCCAAUAAUUUAGUUAUCUUUUUUCUUCUCCAAGGUGAUGUUUAUAUAUAUUUUCCAGUAUAUUGAAUGGGUAAUGUAAUGAUUAUAAAGAAAGAAUUUAAUUGUAACCACUUCUCUUAAUGGGUUUCUAUUUUCUUUUGCUUGUCAA